AACUAGGCUACUUUUUCUAGGGCAGUCGGCACCUAUCAAGUAACUGCGAGGGGUGUUUGCGGUAUCACGUCUUUUUUUGAGGGGGGGUGUUUACUGAUUUUUAUGAAACAUGUGACUGAAUUAGGCGCUCACAUGGCUGCUGUGGCUGCAUGAUCGGCUUUAGUUUUUUAAAGUUCGGUUAUCGGCAGCUCCCUCGGCUGGGACCAUCUGGAGCAGAAGACCCCUGAAAAACACUGCGCGUAUACGGACAAAUCAUGGCGAACAGUGGGCAGAAAGUUGUGCUGAUCACCGGCUGCUCCUCCGGCAUCGGGUUACGAAUUGCCGUCAUCCUGGCCAAAGAUGAAAAGAGUCGUUACCAUGUCAUUGCCACGAUGCGGGACCUGAAGAAGAAGGACAAGUUGGUGGAGGCAGCUGGAGACGCAUAUGGAAAGACCUUGACGUUGCUUCCAUUAGAUGUGUGUAGCGAUGAGUCCGUCAGGCAGUGCGUCAAUAACGUUAAGGACCGCCAUAUUGAUAUUCUGAUCAACAAUGCAGGUGUGGGCUUGCUUGGACCUGUGGAAAGCAUCAGCAUUGAGGAGAUGAAAAAAGUAUUUGAGACCAACUUCUUUGGAGUGGUUCGUAUGAUCAAAGAAGUGAUGCCAGACAUGAAGAAGAGGCGUUCGGGGCACAUUAUCGUCAUGAGCAGCGUCAUGGGUCUUCAGGGCGUGGUAUUCAACGAUGUUUACACUGCUUCUAAGUUUGCAAUGGAGGGCUUCUGUGAGAGUUUGGCUGUGCAACUGAUGAAGUUCAAUAUCAGGUUGUCCAUGAUUGAGCCUGGCCCAGUGCACACUGAAUUUGAAACGAAAAUGAUGGAGGAUGUGGCUAAGAUGGAGUAUCCUGGUGCGGAUGCUGACACAGUUCGUUAUUUUAAAGACGUUUACCUGCCAUCAUCAAUAGAUAUAUUUGAGGCCAUGGGCCAAACACCAGAUGACAUAGCUAAGUGCACUAAAAAGGUUAUUGAGUCAAACAACCCUCGCUUCAGGAAUCUGACCAACAGCCUCUACACACCCAUUGUGGCCCUGAAAUAUGCCGAUGAGACUGGAGGCCUGUCUGUAAACACAUUCUACAAUCUACUCUUCAACUUCGGCCCUCUCAUGCACAUCACCAUGAGCAUCCUCAAGUGUUUGACGUGCAGCUGCCUGCGUAGACGCACCAUCUCACCUAACUGAAGAUGGAGUGUGUAAUUCUGUCACUUAACUUUAACCUCCUAGUUUGUUGAACGGAGGUUUCCUGAACAGCAGGUAGACUAGAGCAAGUAACCUGGAGAGAAGAGCCACCUUUUAGUUUAAAGACAGAGCCACAAUAAGCUUCUCAAGACAACAUGCACAGCUGCACAAGUUUGUCACGGAGAUGUUAUAUGUAGGGUGACCUCAUGUACUGACACAGAAACAUGCAUACACCACAACACAGACAUACAAACAAGACACACAUUGGAUUAUUGUAUAUAUAAUGUGACGAGGAACUCAUGCCAGAGUCUGGGUGGUAUGGCAAGAACUGAACAGCUGCUUUGUAAGUUGUUGGAUAUAUAUGUCGUUAAAUGAAAACGUAAAGAUGGAACUUAAGAUGGAAACACAUGGACAGAUGUCAAAGCACAAGAAAUAAAUUAAGAUGAUGAGAGAAACCAUAAAAUGAUAAUAAAUAUCACAAUCACAAUACCAUAAGUUGCAACCUAGGUAUUGUUUCAUUACUCAUCAGAGUAAUGACAUAUAAGACAGAGUCAGAAUAUAUGAUAAAUAUAUAUAUAAAUAUUUCAUCUUUUGUUCUUCAGUGCCCUUAAUUUUAUGUUCACCUUAAUAUAAUGUUCUCAUGGUCAUAACUGCUGUUGAAUCAUAUUUCUAAUCUUUGAUAAACCGAAUGUUUGUUUGUUUUGGGGUUUUCUUUUUUUUUUUCAAGUUUUACGAAGGGCUGGAUCAGAUACUUUUACCAAGCAAAUUAAUGGAAAAAAUAAAGUGAAUUCUGAUUUA